AUGAAUAGUGGCGUUUCCACGAUUUUUGGGGUCAAUACUUUCGAUUCAAAGUGCAACAACCCCAAACCUCGAGAAGCCAUUGCAGAUGGCGUUUCGGGGUGGGAUUGUUUUGCGCCGUUUGAUGCGGAUCCAGAUAUUGCAGGUCCAGGGGUUAUGACAAGUUUCCUGGUCACAGCCUGGGUCACCUGUCUUGUGGCAUGUAUCCAACUAUACUGUGUCAUGUCGUCUCGAUUCCGUCUCGAACUUCUUUCUUCGGUGUCCGGAACCACGGCUGAGCAUAUUGGCAAAUAUACCGUCAAGCUCACAAGGAUUUCCAUAUCACCGUCUAUCGAAGAAACAUUUCCAAGCCUUUUCAAGGGUAUUCAUUUCGUUCUCUAUGCAUUUCGAUGUUUGGUGGCUAUAGUUUUGAGUCUCUUUCGCGAUUCUCAACCACGCCUACAAAUAUUUUCCCAGAUGGCAUUGGAUCGAUUGUGUGACCUUCAGCUUGUAACAGGGACCGCCAUUAUCAUUGCAGGGAUAGCUGAGAUUGAUCAUAUGUCAUUCUAUCAUCAAUCUCUGAUUACAAGUUACUGGCUUCUUACACUCAAUGCAUUUUGGGCUGCUAGAGCUGGAUAUCUCAACUCUGAACACUACGGGCAUGACAGAAGCUUUUAUUUUUGGACACGUUGGAUCUGCAUCCUGAUUAGCGAUACACUGUCGAUUUACUACCAAGUCGCCACUACUCUUGAGGCCGCAAACCAUUGGGACUCCGAAGAAAGUGGACAUUGCUACCUCUCUCAUGAACCUUCACCAACUAAUGCGCAAUACUUUUGGAUCGUGGGCAUUUCUUUUGAAGUUGGAUAUAUGUUGUUUUAUUCUAUGCGACAAAUUGCGGAGUUGCUAUCUCACAAAUGGCGGUGGUCGAAGGGUUUUCUAGAUUUUAUCGCAAAUACCUCGAAUGACCUAUCCGACGGAAGUCAACAACGUGCGUCGGACUUUUGGACAGCAGCGGCAUACCUCUGGCAUAUAUUUUGGCAAAUUAUGGCAUUGUGGGCAUGGGGUGACAAUGGAUCAGUAUUAAUCAUUCUCGAAUAUAUCGGACUGGCGGCAUGGAAUACUUUUGAUGUCAUUGACACAAAGCUAUCCAAUCGUGAUUUGAUAAUUGGAGAUGAGUCAACAUGGGGUUCCGGACAAAUUCUACCGCUUGGUUUACUCGCUGAUUUGUUUAGAUUUACUUGA